AUGUUGUUUGUCUACGCUAAUACGAGACCAGGACUUGCAAGCGUCAGCCGGGCCCUGAACCCCGUCAUUCUCGCCGACACAAACCGUGACGGCAAAGUUGAUGUGGAAGGCAGCACUGAUCUUGCCGGAAAAGAAACUUGGACUGAGCAGACCGGUGCUCUGUUUCUGGCCAACAUCGUAGAUACGAACCGGCGCUGCUCUGACAAGAUCAUUACCAGUUUCGAUGUCGGAGACGGUCCUGAUCCUUCUACGCCCAACCAAGAACUAGACAAAUGCCAUGACGCUGCCGAUAAUGUGCUGCGCAAUUCCAAGUAUCUGGCUGCCCUGAAAACUGCACCCAUGGCAGAUGUGAGCAGCUCGGCUACCGGGUCCAUUGCCGUGCUGGGAGAAGCAGCCGCCGAAAAGGUCCGCGUUUUCCACAAGUCGGGCAAUGACUGGUUAUACGUGGCCGCCAACUACACCUUCGCCGCCGACGAAAUCAAGAAGGGCCUGGAACUUGGCAUUGACGCCCGCGACGUUCGCCGCCCGGGUGUCUGGGACGGCAGAGCUACUGUACAGUUCAGCGUCAGUGACGGUGCCGAGACGGCCAAGGACUCGGUGGCUCUCCGGGUUGCUCCCGUCUUGACGCACCACCAUCUGCAACAGGCCAGGGAGAUCAUUACCAUGAGGCCCACGGAGAAGGGCCUAGGAGCCAGGUUUGCCAAGGAGCUGCAGGACCACAUAACAAAGGCCGGUAUUCAGAAACCACUACGGCUGGUUGGGGCGGACCAGUUUCCCCAGGACCAUUUCGAAGCUGGAUAUACCAGUAUUCCCGGGCCAGAUGGACCUGUCACGCUGGGAGUUAUGAUCCGGUCCGCCAUCAAUAACACCGAGGGAAGAAUCGCCUUCUCCGAUAUGCGAUCCGACUCCGUUGGAGCCGUCCAGUUCCUCCAAAUCGACAACCAUGACAGUGAUGUAGAUCACACGGGCAAUCUGGAGACUAUUCCUCCCCAUUCGCACAACGGCAAGUCGUAUCCAGCUGGACGUGUAAUCAUGGGGUCGCGAGGCGGGCAAAAGGCCAACAUCAUCAAGCUCCUAGAGGCCCAGGAGAUGCAGAAGCCCGUGGACAUUGACACAACUUGGCUGUACAUCGGCCACACAGACGAGUUUAUGCAGUUCGUCCCCGCCGACAACGAGCGCGGCUGGGCCAUGAUGGUGGACGACCCCCUCGCCGGCCUUGAUCUCCUCGUAAAGGCUCAAAAGGCAGGCCACGGCAAUGUCCGGGCCCUGUCGAGGCCGAGCUUCCCUACCGACAGCGCCGAUAGCCGGAAGCCAGAUGAUGUCAGUCUUCCGGCCAUGACCAUCGACGCCGUGCUCAGCCGGGCCAACUUUUCCCGGGCCCAGGAGUACGCCGCGUGGAACAUUGAGCGAAACAUCAACAUUGUAAAGCAAGAGGUUGGACUCGACGAUGGCGAAAUCUUUCGCGUGCCGGCGCUGUACUACAACGAAGCCAUGGCCGGCCCAAGACCGUACCAGCCCAAAAAGUACCUGCCGGAGCCGGGCCAGGAGGAAGAACACAUCAAGGACCGCGACCACGCCUUCCAGGUAUAUGCAUUCUACCCCGGCGCCGUCAAUGGCAUAGUCCUCAGAAAGGGAAAGUACUUGUCCGCCAACGUAUGGGGGCCCGUCAUUGACGGCAAGGACAUUCUCAAAGAGGCUGUCAAUGCGGCAUAUGCCAAGGCCAACAUGACGGUGGACUAUAUCGACGACUGGUUCUCGCACCACGAGGGUGUCGGCGAGAUACACUGCGGCUCAAACGCCAUUCGCGAUACUGAUUUUCCCUGGUGGUAA